CGGUUGAUGCAAGUCACCAGCGCAUGAGUGAGGCACAUAAUGUUCUUAUGAACAAGAUGCAUGCAUAAUAUUACACAACAAGGAGCUCGUGUCAGCAGGUACCAUGAAUGGAAGCCUGAUUUUACCUUUGCGAUAUAGAUUUUGAGCCUCAUAAAUGAGCUGAUUCGAUCAUCGUUCGUUUUUGGACGAUAUCACCUUGGUGGAACUCAAAUGGGCAAUAGAAUGUAUGAUAAGGCGUAUAAAGAUACUAUGGAGGAUUCAACAGGACAAGACAGUGGGAAUGGAUUACAGCACCGCCGUUCAUAUGCAGAUAUGAUGUCUUGGCUGGGUUGUUAAAUAGGGCGCCUUGCCAGAGUUGGUGAAGCGACGAUGGUGUAGGUAUCCACAAAGGGGCGUAGUAUGUGUAUAUAUUCCAUUUGCUUUCCCGUGACCAGCAUACUGGCAUCUUUUUGAAGUAUCGUACUUCGACAUCUACAUACAAACGAAACGUUAAACUUCCUUAUAAUGUCGCAGGGUGAGCAAAUCAAAGAUUCAGACCAUGUCGCUGUCGCUACCAGCGACAAACAAGCCUCAUCUGACGCCCUGGAAUCUUCAGAUGUAGAGAAGAAAGCUUCCUUCACAACUCCAGAUGGCAUCGUUGAAGAUACGUCUUUUGUAUACAUGACAGGAUGGAGACUCCACUUGAUGCGACUAUGUUGUGCAAUCUCCAUGUUUCUCGUUAAUAUGGAAGUCUCCAUCAUUGGCACAUCCCUAAUAUCUAUCACCAAUGAUCUGCGAGGUUUCAGCCAAAUGGGCUGGGUUGUAACGGGCUAUCUUAUUACCUAUACCGGCUUACUCAUAAUCUGGGCCAAGAUUAGCGACAUCUACGGGCGCAAGCCCGCGAUGAUAAUCUCCAUGCUUAUAUUUACCGUCUUCUCCGGCGGAUGUGGCGCUGCUCACACCAUGAUGCAAUUGAUUGUAUGCCGAGUAUUCCAGGGUGUGGGAGCCGCUGGUGCGGUAUCGUUAGCGCUAGUAGCCGCGUAUGAAAUGGUUCCGAAAGAUAAAUAUCCGUCGCAAGCGGCUCUUAUAGGGUCUGCAAUUGCAUUGGGGAGUCUAGUGGGGCCGUUGAUUGGGGGAGGCGUCAGUGAACAUUCGACUUGGAGAUGGGUGUUUUUGAUCAAUGUUCCUGUCGGUGUGGUAUGCGCGGCUCUACUUUAUAUCUCUGUUCCUUCCAAUUUUCCCUACCAUGGUCGUCCUGUCCUUCCUCAUCCUAUCACAAAUUCUCUCUCUCGUCUCGAUAUUUCGGGGGCAUCUCUUCUCCUGGGCGCCACCGUCUUACUCGUAACAGUCCUUCUUGAAGCCGGUAUAGAAUUUGCCUGGAAAUCCGGUACUGCGAUUGCAUUAAUAAUCUUAUCUGGAAUAAUGUUCGUCGCAUUCAUGCUGAACGAAAAGGUAAUGAGUAAGGAAAAAAGAACUCAGGAACCUGUAUUUCCUUUCAGAUUUUUAUCGAAUCGGCCUUGGAUGGGGACCUUGCUAAUGUCAUUCCUCUCCGGAGUCCCCUACAACAUAAUCGUAAUCGACAUACCCCAACGCUUCCAAGCCAUCGAUUCCAUCUCGCCCUUCACAUCCGGACUCCGACUCAUCCCCUUCAAUUUCUCCAUCUCCCUCUCCUCCAUUCUCGUCAACAUCAUUGCCAAACAACGUGUACCGCCCAUCAUCCUUCUCUUCAUUGGUUCCAUCAUUCAACUUGUCGGCAUGUCGCUCUUCUCCACCCUUCCCGAGAACGGUACGCUACCGAACACCAUUUAUGGGUGGGAAGUACUGACCGGUUUUGGUAUGGGUUGGGUCAUGGGCAUUUGUUUGUUGUUGCCACCAGCGGUGGUCGAAGGUAGAGAUCUGGCUAUAAGCGGCGGAUCUCUUCUCCAAUUUCGCGUUCUAGGCGGCGUCCUCGGUCUCGCCAUCUCCACGGCCAUAAUGAAUAACCAUCUCACCUCUCAUCUCACCCCCUUACUCGGCGCCGAGCAACUCUCUUUACUACUACAAUCUACACGCGAAAUUGAAAACUUGUCGGAAGAGUUGAGGAUAGAGACAGUGAAAGCGUUUGCAUAUGGAUAUAAUAUUCAGAUGAAAGUUAAUGUUGCGUUUUCGGUGGUGCAGGUUUUGAUUGUGGGGGUGAUAUGGACGAGAAAUGGAAAAGGUUGGAGGGGGCAGAUUGAGGUGGUUGAGAAACAGAUCCUGAAGGAAUAAUGUUGUUCUAACUCCUAUAUACCUGAUAUUAACGAUUUAUCUGAUAUCAACUCUAAAUUAGGGUUUUCAGGGGUUUAAUCAUAAUCAAUUACAUUUUUAGAAUCUAUAA